GAAUGAAAAUCAGAGGGACAGAGAUUCAAAUCCAAUCAUUUUCUGGUUUUCCAAACAAAAAAUUAAAAUAAAGCUACGUACAGCGUAGGCCUAGUGAGGUCAAGGUGAACUGUAGGGGCUUAAGCAUCAACGUUGCUGUUAACCUGUUACCACCAAAGUAGAUCUGAUCUCCGUUCACGAUCUCUCUCUCUCUCUCUCUCUCUCUCUUUGUUAUGUGGAAUGCUCAUUUACUAGUAGAUCUUUGAACUUUAAUGCGGCUUCAAAGGUGGAGACUUUUGAAGCAGUAAUCGAAGUUUUAGAAUCAAAAUAAGUGAUAAAGCACCUUGUAAAUUGAAUCAGCUAUGGUGUUUUGGGAAGUUUAUGUGAGUGAUGAAGCAAUGGGCACUUUUGCCCCAAUUGUGGUUUAUUGGUUGUAUGCUGGGUUUUAUCAGCUGUUGCCGCCGUUGGACAAAUACCGGUUGCAUACUAGAAAGGAGGAAGAAGAGAAGAACUUGGUGCCACUUCCAAAGGUGUUCAAGGGUGUUUUGCUUCAACAGCUAGUUCAGGCGAUAGUUGCUCAUGCUCUCUUUUGGUUGACCUCAACAGCUGAUGCAUCUGGGAUCACAAUCCAACCUUCCAUUACCAUCCAAAUUGUGCAGAUCAUAAUUGCUAUGUUUGUCAUGGACACAUGGCAAUAUUUUGUGCACCGCUAUAUGCAUCAGAACAAAUUCCUCUACCGCCACAUCCACUCUCAACAUCAUAGGCUAGUUGUCCCUUAUGCUAUUGGGGCCCUUUAUAAUCACCCGCUGGAGGGUCUCUUGCUUGAUACUGUAGGUGGGGCCAUCUCUUUCCUAGUUUCAGGAAUGACUGCACGGACAGGAGUGAUUUUCUUCUGCUUUGCUGUGGUUAAAACUGUCGAUGAUCAUUGUGGGCUUUGGUUACCCGGCAAUAUCUUUCACAUUUUUUUCCGGAACAAUACUGCCUAUCAUGACAUCCAUCAUCAACUCCAAGGCACAAAGUACAACUUUUCUCAGCCAUUCUUCUCUAUAUGGGAUAAACUUCUAGGAACCCACAUGCCUUACGAUCUAGUAAAGCGAGCAGAAGGUGGUUUUGAGGCGAGGUUGGUGAAAGAUUAAUUCAAAUAUGAUGACUUGCUAUAUCAUUUGAAGCUAUCACAUAACAGAGGAUUUUUUUUUUCUUUUUGUGGUUGAGAUUACCAUUCUUGGGCAGUUGAAUUAGAAUUGGUUGUUGACGCAUUAUGUUUUAGGAUUCUAGCAGGAGAGUUCUUUUGGGUGUUCAUCCCUCUUUUCUAGUUGAUUGACAGUGCAUUUGUUUAGUUGGUAAUUGUAAUUCUACCAACCUACCCAGUGAAUUGUAAUUGUGAUGUUUUGUAUCUAGCAUAUUGUUCUAUAUUAUGUUGAGAUUGGUAUCGCU